CUCUCCGGCACACGGAAGAAAGCUCUAAGCUAGCUGCCACAAACACGCAGGGAUGUAACGCUUGUCUUUCACGGCGUCUUCUGUUUCGUUUCCUGUAGCAUAUCGAAAUAUUGCAGGAAACCAGAGGACUUUACACCCUUUUUUGUAACAAAAAGCAAAACAAAACAAAAAGCUGCUUUUCCGACAUUAUUUCGGUGAACAUGGCUUCGUGCGUCCCCUUCCAGACACAGUUAUCCUCGAUAAUGGAGGUCCUGGUGAAGGCGGCGGUGGCACAGAUCUCCAAGCUGGUCGAUGACAAAUGUGCCUUCCUGCAUGUGGAGAUAUCCCGCAGACAAAGCGAGAACGAGAUGCUGAAGAGGAAGCUGCUGCUGAUGGAGAGCAAGAACGCGCAGCUGCAGCGAGGACUGGGAAACUUUAUGGACCGAGGCACUGAUUUAGGGAGAAACCUUUCACAUCCCGCCAGAGAUUUAAAGUUUCCUGACAUCGAAGGGUCCAGUGUUUCCUUCACGAUUAAGGAGGAGAGUCCAGAUGAGGCCCUGUGGAUCAGUGACUCUACUGCAGCCAUCGGCAACGCUGUCCAGUACUCCGGCGCUUGUGAUGCUCCAGAGAGUCAGCAGAUAACCCAUCCAGAUGUUGUCAGACACAAGCCUGCAGAGUUCAGCGGCCCGUUUGCCUCUGGGCAGCAGCCUGUAGACAUCAGCAGCCUUCAGUUCACGGUGAAGACGGAGAAGGCGGAGGACCAGCAGCCCUUCAGACAGGACGGCUGUCAGCACCGGGCGGGGAAGCAGACUCCCACUGCCGCCGACUAUCCGGCGGACGAACGGGAAAACCAGCUCUGGUCGUCGAUCAUCGAAGGGGACGAGAUCGACGCGGGUUUCCCCGACUUCUCCAGCGUGGUGGAGGAGUAUUCCAGCUCCUUCUCUGAGCAUUCGGACGCCGCAAACAUGGCGCCCAACGCCUGCAAGUCACCCGGCGUCCAGGAGCAGUGCAACGGGAUGUACGGCGGCGAGUACCAGAAGGACGUGCAGCUGUCGCAUUUCCAGCCCAGAGCGCAGCAGCAGGCUCUGCAGCAGCAGGACAAGCAGAAGGAGCAGAUGUUCGUCCAGAGGAGCGGCUCCCAGCUGGGUCAACCUCAGGACGACCCUAAGAGGGAGGAGGGAGGCGGCGACGGAGCGGACGCGGCUAACGCCUACACAACGAACUGCUUCUACCCUCACACCCCCCAGAAGCCGAUCGCCCCCAUCUCCCGGGGCUACACCUGCUCCCAGUGCGGCAAGUCCUUCGGCCGCCUGCACCAGUUCAAGCUGCACCAGCAGAGCCACAAGAGGAAGCGCGCGUUCUGGUGCGGCGUGUGCGGCAAGAGCUUCCAGUGCUCCUCCCACCUGAGCAUCCACCACCGGACGCACACGGGGGAGAAGCCGUACGGCUGCGGUCAGUGCGGGAAGAGGUUCACGCAGCAGAGCAGCCUGAGGGUCCACCAGCGCACGCACAGCGGGGAGCGGCCCUACAGCUGCUCGCAGUGCGGGAAAACCUUCAUCCUGAUGCACCACCUGAAGCGACACAGGAUCAUUCACACGUACAGCUGAGACGGCGGGGGGGCGCGUCCACACCAAGCGAAACUAAAACCCAACGAGCCACGGCUGGUUUUCAUUCUCAUCAGUGGGAAAGAGUUUGGACAGCAAAGCAUAUUUUACACGCAGAAUCCAUCUGGAAUGGAUAUGAAGUUUUCUUCUGCUCGUCUUAAGAUGGUAAAAAAAUGUGACCGUGAGACGUGUCAGACGUUGCCAAAGCUAGAAAUCCAAAAAAAAAAAUAAGAUGUGAAACCAUCCAAACGAGAUCCCUCGACUUUGUCUGUUACAGUGGAUCUAGAACGUGUUACACAUUCCUGUUUAACAAGGCAGAUAAAAA